GUGCACGGGGGAAGAGAUACAUUUUGGAAGAGUUGCUUCGGCACAUCAUUUCGCGACGGCAGUUUUGUGGCAAUCGGUAAGCGGCACGCGGAACAAACCACGCGCGCAUGGCAGACGCGAGAGAAAUGAGGAGAAAAAUGAAAGGCAGCCAAAACGGAAAUGUUCAAAUUAUUUUUGCGGAAGGGACACGACGCCUUGGCAGUGCUUGUCCUUUUGUCCCUAUUUGUGAAGGGGAGCUCAGAUGCGGUGGUCAGCGCCUUGAGUAGGUUUCGCAGAAGGGAUGGAGGAGCGACCCAUCGUUGGUGUAAACCCGUUCAGCAGUCCUUCCUGACGAGUGGGGGCCACACUAGAAAAUCGAUCUUUAGGACUUCCAGUCGAAAGCAAAACAAAGUGAAGACAUUUCGACUGAUGGGAAGCAACGUGUUCGCCAACAAAAAUGUAGAGUUAGAGAAUUACCGGAACAUCGGCAUCAUCGCACAUAUAGAUGCAGGAAAAACGACGACGACGGAGAGGAUACUAUACUACACAAAUGUUAUUAAAAAAAUAGGGGAAGUACACGAGGGGAUGUCAACGAUGGAUUAUCUAGACAUAGAAAGGGAGAAGGGAAUAACCAUCAACGCUGCGGUGACUACUUGCUACUGGAAUGGGAGUGAAAAAAAUUUAGGAGAUUACAGAAUUAACAUAAUUGAUACUCCAGGGCAUGUAGAUUUCACAGCGGAGGUGGAAAAAAGUUUACGGGUUCUUGACGGUGGUGUGGUUGUGUUUGAUAGUAGCGAAGGGGUGGAAUCUCAGUCGGAGACUGUCUGGAAGCAAGCCAACAGGUAUAAUAUUAGCCGAAUUAUAUUUCUCAAUAAAUUGGACAAAGUGGGGGCCAAUUUCGAGUCCUGCAUAGAAGAAAUAAAAAGAAAAUUAAAUAAAAAGAUACUCAUUCUGUUUGUGCCCGUUUUUGAAAUGACCAAUUUUGUUAGCACAAUUGACAUUUUAAGGGAACAAAUGAUUGUAUAUAAAAAUGCACACGAAUUUGUGUAUGAAAAUAUUCCAAAGAGUCAUUAUGAUACAUUUUUAAAAUAUAAAAAUAUGCUGUUUGAGCAAAUCGCUGAGAAGUUUAACUCCUUUUUGGACGUCUACUUGAGUGAUAAGCCUAUCAAAGUGGAAGAGGUGGAGCAGUACAUUCGGAAGUUGGUCGUGGAGGAAAAAUACAACGUUGUUAUGUGCGGCUCUGCUUUGAAAAAUAAGAACGUACAUAUGCUGCUGGACUCGGUCGUGAAGUAUCUGCCCUCUCCAAUUGAUUCGAUACAGAAUUAUAAGAAGCAGGUCAUUUUCAAGCAUGAUGUUAAUAAGCGGGGGGAGAAGAUAUCCCCCCUUCAGCUUCCCACCGCGGGGGGGAAGCAGCAGUUUGGUGCGGCCACGAGGGAGGGGGGCACUCCAGGUGGGGAGGUCACUCCUGGUGGGGGAGCCGCUCCUAGUGGGGGAGCCACUUCCGAUAAGGGGACACACCUGCAGGUUACCUCCUGCAGCGUGGCGAAGCCGAAUGAUCAAAUGUCGGAAGAACUAAACCACCUGAACAUAAAAAAUUUCAAGAGGAAAGUAGUCGCGCUGAUUUACAAAAUUAUGAAUGACCAGCAUUUGGGAAAUAUAAAUUACGUGCGCAUUUACGAAGGGCAAAUAAAUAGGGGAGAUUACCUCUAUAACAACAGAACGAAGAGGAGUGAAAAAAUUUCGAAAAUAUUUUUCAUACACUCCAGUGAAAAGUACGAACUGGAAAAUGCGCGAGCAGGGGAUAUCGUAGGCCUCGUUGGAUUGAAGGACACGCAAAUUGGAGACACGUUAAGCAGCACUUUCCUCAGGGCGGAAUUAAAAAAAAUUAAAGAAAUUCCCCCGAUUAUCAGCUUCUAUAUUUACAAUAAAAAUAAAAAUGAAUACGAAAAGUUAAUUAACGCGUUGAUGAAGAUUAAGAAGGAGGACCAUUCCUUCUUUUACCACAUCAAUCCGGACACGAAAGAUUUGCUAAUCAGUGGCGUGGGGGAACUCCACUUGCAAAUUAUUAUUAACAAAAUUGAGAAGGAUUUUAAUAUCCCCAUCAUUUAUGGGCAGCCGCAAAUUUCCUACAAGGAAACCUUCGUUGAAAACGUCGAGGCCAGGGGCAAGUACAUCAAGCAGUCAGGCGGGCGGGGGCAGUAUGGGGACGUCCACAUUAAGAUCGAGCCGAUGUACAGCUACCAGGAGGAGGAAGGGGAAGAAGCAGACGAAGGGGGAGGAAGCGGAGAAAGCGGAGAAAGCGGAGAAAGCGGCAACGGGGAGAGGCAUAACGAUGAGCAGAACUCCAAACAGGCGGAAGAUCGAAGCGGUGAACAGGACGCAGACAGAAACAGCAUGAACAUUGACACGUCCGAAGUGAACAAUAAUAUUAUUAUAAAGAACGAAAUAACCUGUGGGGCCAUUCCCUCGGCGUACUUCGACGCGAUCUAUACGGGGAUACGGGAGCAGUGCAACUUGGGCGUUCUCUCAAACUCGCCACUGAUAAAUAUUAUUGUGAGGAUCGUGGACGGGUCGUUCCACCCCGUCGACAGCAACGAGCAUGCGUUCAAGUUGGCUGCGGGGAUCGCCAUUCGGGAGGCUGCGCGGAAGACGUCCGUUCGGCUGCUCGAGCCGAUGAUGAACCUCAACGUGUCCGUGCCCACUGAGUACCUGGGAGACGUCAUCAGCGACUUGGUUAAAAAGAGGGGCAAAAUACAGCACAUCGAUGAAAGCGAUGAAUACACCAAGGAAAUAGUCGCGAGAGCACCCAUGGCUUCCAUCCUUUCCUACGUUAGCGACUUGCGGAAAAUAACCAAGGGGCGAGGAAAUUACACCAUGACGCUUCACAAGUACGCCCUGGUGCCGCAGUACAUCCAGGAGCAAAUUUUGCAGAAGAAGGAGUGA